UGUGUGUGCUGAUCUGGUAAAAGUACCUUUUCUGAACUUCAAGAGAUAGUAUUCCAAUUUUAACAAAUCAGAACCAUUUUCUCCUCAAGAAAAGAAGAAAGGAUGACCAUGAGAACAGGUGUCUUUUCCUCCACACAAUGGAAAUGGCUAAUAUAGAACUAGAUUACAACCCAGAGACGAGGGACAACGUUGUACAUUUGGAUGAAUUCAUUAAUCGUGAAGGUAACCCUUUAUUGACUCUGAGUUUUACUGAAUCAGCCAGUAUUAGGACUGUGAAUAAUGAUAACACUAACCUAAUUGAGUUCAACAAUCUGUUACGUGAAUUCGAAAAUGAACUGUACAAACUACAGCGCUUCUCUUGGCAACGCAAGCACCUAGAAGCCUGUCUUCAUUUUAAAAUUGUGCCGCGUGGGAUGCGUGUUUUAUGCAUGCCCACAUAUGGCGAACAACAUCCUGUCCUACUUAAAAAGUGGCAGGACUUGAACAUCAAUUUAGGCUUCCAGUACUUAAAUUUAUUAAUAGAAUACUUCACACCAUUAGAGACUGAAACACGGAAACGUGUGGAACAACUACACAAAGAUAUCAGCAAUAAACAUAAGACUGAUUCCUGUAGUAGAAGGCUGAAUAAUGUACUGACCCAAGUUCGCAUAUACAGUGAAAAAUUACAAUUAGUAAAACAAGCAAGUUGUUACGCGACCACAAUGAUUUCUCUACAGGUAAUAUUUUUGUUUGGCCCAGACCGGUAAGAAAUUCUGGCAAUAAAAAUGAAGAACUUCAUCCUGGUAAUGUGUCUAUGCAAACUACACAAUGUAUUCAGGCACCUCCCACAUCGAUUUCCACAACAGACGUUCCUGGUGCUUCUACACUCAUUCAUGGUGUUACUCCACCCCUGGCCAGUGAAGUCAUCACUACGACUCCUCUCGACACACCACCUCCGAAUCAACUAGCUCUGCACAUUCAGAACGAUGAACGGAGACUUGGUGCUAUAAGCAAAAAACCUGCCAGCACCUCCAGCGACGAGCAGCAGUGUUUUCCUUUCCCCAUCAAGCAGUCCAGGUUCGCAAGAGGACGUUCGCACAGCAGGGGGCCCAGGAAGAGAAAGUACUCGCAAGAUCAACAUGCACAGAAACGGAUGGCCUGGGACUGAAUAAUCUGGUAUUUAAUUUUUCCAGUUUUACUUUAUCUGAGUCUGAUAUUGCUUUGUUUAAUAAGAAUUUGAGUUUCAUACCCUCACAAUCUAGCAAAUUAAGUGAAACUCUCAUUGACUUACGGUUGUUUGGACGCAAGAUUGCCCUCAAGUUAUUUUUUAAAGGCAAUGACAAAAGCAAUAACGGAGCAUUGCUGCCCAUUAUGUUCAGGAAGAAAAGUUCUUUUACGCCUGCAAUGCCCCCUGUUGUAGACUGUUUCAUUAGAUUGUGCGAAAAAGACUUUUAUUUUCAUUAUUCUGCCAAUGUUAAAAAGAAAAAGUUUUACAAUUUGACUAAUGCUGAGUUUGUUUCACUAGCAACUUUAAGGACAAAUAGUAACAUAGUAGUGAAAGCCGCUGAUAAGGGGGGGGGUUGUUUUAUUUGAUACUAGUGACUACAUUAAAGCCAUGGAUUUAUUGUUGGAAGAUAGAAACACCUACAAACCAAUAAGUAUAGAUGAUGUGAAUAGCAUUGUUACCAACAUACAUGAUAGACUAUAUGACUUAUUGAUGUGCAUGCAAAUCAGUUAUGAGAUGUAUGAGUUUUUGUUUAUUGAAAAUCCCCUUGUUCCCUGUUUAAAAGGACUACCCAAACUUCAUAAGAAUAUACAUCCUGUCCCUAUGCGUCCCAUUGUAUCUGGCAAGGGAUGGUCCACGUCUACCAUUUCAAUUUUUAUUGAAAAGAUUUUGAGACCAGUAGUUGAUAGCAUAACCUUUAUUCUCAAGGACACCUACCAAUUACUCAAUGAUAUAGAAUUGUUACAACAGGAUUGGGUAGGCACAGAUGAUAUCCUAUUAAUGUCCUUAGAUGUCAAAAACCUCUUCACCUGUAUACCUAAUGAGUAUGGUAUACAGGCUGUUAGAGAAAUAAUGGCUCAUGAAACUACCUUUACAACUAAUAGACAAACCCUUUUAUGCCAACUACUAGAUAUGGUUUUGCAUAACAACGUCUUUUUAUUUAAUAAAAAAUAUUUUCUUCAAACAUGGGGUGUCGCCAUGGGCACCCCAUGUGCCAAUACGUAUGCAAAUUUAGUGAUGCAUUUUUGGGAACAACAAUACAUGUUUAAUAAUGCUUGGGCACACAGAAUUAAGUUCUACAGAAGGUUUGUUGAUGACGUGGUAAUAAUAUGGGAAGGGACCUUUAUUUUAUUUCAGGAAUUGCUAGUUUAUCUUGAGUCUACUACAGAUUUCCUGAGAUUUACAGCAGAACAUUCCAAUGUUUCUAUAAACUUUUUAGAUGUCACUCUUACAUUUGAUGUUAAUAAAAGACUAGUUCCAUCACUUUACAGAAAACAGUGCUGGAAGAAUAAUAUAUUAAGCUAUAAUAGCAUGCAUCCUAGGUUUGUUUUUUCAGGAAUUGUCAAGAGUCAGUUUGUUCGUCUAUCUAGGCUAUGCAAAAAUACUGAUGUAUUGAUUAAAGAAGCUGAUCAUUUAGAGGCCUUAUUUUUAGAUAGAGGUUAUGAUGCCAACCUAGUUCGAUCCAUUAAGAACAAAACUUUAGGUCUAGAAACAAGUUUGGAUAUCGUUGGUACAUCUAGCAGUUUUAAACACAAUAUGGGGACAUUACCCAAAGACAAUAAACUAAGCUAUGUAACAAAAUACACAAAUGAUAUUAUAGACCUAAAGAAAAUUAUCACCAAACAUUGGAAUGUAUUAAUCAGUGAUGACCACGUUAAACAUUUGGUGGGCACUAAACCUCACUUCUUGUUCAAGAACUGUGAUAAUCUCAAACUAAUUUUCAAUUUUAAUGACAACAAGACUAGCCACACUCCAAAUUUAUUUCCAGAUAAUAAAGGGACAUACCCAUGCAUGAAAUGUAACAUGUGUAAAUAUAUUACACAUACACAAGUCUUUAAUUUUCCAUCUGGUUUUCUUAUGUUUGUUCCUAAGGUUUUUGCUGAUUGUAAUACGAUUAACUUAAUAUAUUUGGCUACUUGUGACUUUUGUGAUGCGUUCUACGUUGGCUUAACCAAAAGGAAAUUCAAAGAGAGAAUAUACAAUCAUGUCUAUGACAUUAGAAAAAAGAAUGAUCAAAAUGCACUUGCCAGACACAUCAACAUUCACCCAGAACACAAUUUUAGUUUCAGAGCAUUACAAGUCAUUACACCUAAUAUAAGACAAGGAGAUAACAUGAACUCCUUAGCGAGGUUAGAAUUAAGUUGGAUUUUUAGAACUAAGGCCCAUAUACCACCCGGCCUAAACCUCUAUAUCUCCUUGAAACCAGUGCUAGAGGCUAUUUAGUUAUAUAAUUCAUUUAAUUAGGUAUGUUGUUUUAAUGCUGUCAUCAGUUUCACUGAUCAAUAUAGAUCACUACACUUUGCAUUAUCUAGAUGGUUUUGUUUAUACCUUCCUUCUUGUCAUUUUGAUGCAUAUUUAUUGCCACGUCACACCUCCAUUCCAUACCCAAGCUAGGGGGCUAUGACACAUUUCAUACUUAUUAACAUAGAACAUACUAGUUCUAUGUUUCAUAUUUCAUGUUUUGUAUUUAUGCUUACUGAUUUUUGGAAGGUGUUUCUUCAUUUUAAUCAUUAAUUUUGUUUACAUCACCAUACAUAGUUUUACAUGUAGAACCUAUCUAUCAAUUUUGUUCAGAUUAAUGCAUAUGGUUUCAUAUGCAUUUCACAUUAUUUACAAUAAGAUAUAGCAUAUUUGAACCCUUUUAAA